CCCCAACCUCCAAAUAUAUCUCAACUCCCGCACUUCUCUCUCUCAGAGUCUUAGAGGAUGAUAUUCAAUUUUAUUUGUCAAGAAAAAUAAACAAAUAAAUUAUUUUUUUUCCGCUUUUCGUGAGUUUUAUUUCUUUCUGAUGUCCUCAAUUCUUGGAAGAUUUGAUAUAUGUUUCAAGAAAGAAGAGAAAAUUAGGUAAAAGGAAAUCAAGAUUAGAGGAAGAAAAAAAGAACAAGAGGAGGCAAGUGGACUCCUCUUUGGUGGAAUGGAAGGAUUGGAAGCCAUAAUACAAAGGCUUUUGGAAGGAAGGAACAACAGAGGGAAACGCAUUCAACUUACAGAACCUGAAAUUCGAAACCUUUGUCUCACAGCCAAACAAGUCUUCCUUCUCCAGCCUGUUCUUCUUGAACUUCAAGCUCCCAUCAACAUUUGUGGUGACAUACAUGGCCAAUAUCCAGACCUCUUGAGACUUUUCGAGUAUGGUGGGUUUCCACCAGACUCAAACUAUCUCUUUCUUGGAGAUUAUGUAGAUAGAGGAAAACAAAGUAUAGAGACUAUAUGCCUUCUGCUUGCUUACAAGAUAAAGUUCCCAGACAAAUUUUUUCUCCUGAGAGGGAAUCAUGAAUGUGCUUCUAUCAACAGAAUAUAUGGAUUUUAUGAUGAGUGCAAACGCCGUUUCAGUGUCCGUCUUUGGAAAACUUUCACUGAAUGUUUCAAUUGUUUACCGGUGGCUGCAAUAGUUGAUGACAAAAUUCUAUGUAUGCAUGGUGGACUGUCACCAGAAAUGGAGAGCAUGGAUCAAAUUAGAGCCAUAGAAAGGCCAAUUGACGUGCCUGACCAAGGCCUUCUAUGUGACCUCCUUUGGGCUGAUCCUGAUAGAGAUAUAAAAGGUUGGGGUGAGAAUGAUAGAGGUGUUUCUUAUACCUUCGGAGCUGAUAAAGUUGCUGAAUUCUUGAAUAAACAUGAUCUUGAUCUCGUUUGCCGAGCCCAUCAGGUAGUCGAGGAUGGAUAUGAAUUCUUUGCAGACAGGCAAUUGGUUACUAUAUUUUCAGCACCAAACUACUGUGGAGAGUUUAACAAUGCAGGUGCACUCAUGUGUGUCAAUGAAAGUUUGCUAUGCUCAUUUCAGAUUCUCAAGCCCUGGAAAGGAAAAGCAGGAACUCCGGAAUAGUAUCCAAUCGAACAGAGAGGCAACUCUUGUUCUUAGUGAACAAAUAUUGAGCUUCCACUUGAAAACAAGAGUCUAUAAUAUAGGUUGAUUCAUGUAAUUGAGAGAUUAUCAGAAAGAAAGCUGUGUAUGUAAAAUACCUUACGGGUCCAAGUUACAACUGCCUUGUACCUUUGAAUCAAAUAAGUGCAAAUUCCCUCCAUUUUGUACCUUCAAGUUCAUA